AGAGUCGAGACCUCCGUGCACGCCUCCAGCUCGAAAUACACAAUCGAGCCUCGCUUUGCACUUGCACAACAACGCACCUUUUCCCGUGGCCACGCCUGUGAUCCUCGUUCCUCAGACAGCUCGCGUCGCGAUCAUGCGGUCCUUAGGAUCCGCUGUGGGUCAGCCUAUCGUGCAGGAUAAAGUCUUUCCUUGCGUGCGCCUGCCGUCAGCGCGCCGGUGCGCUCUCCCUCGUCCAUCCGCCUUCUUGACAACUCAUUCACGCUCUUCCCAGUGCUCGCAGCAUGCGCACGGAAGAAGGCGCCGCGAUGUUCUCAAAUCACGAAUCACUCCUUCGACAUCCCACGUCUCCACGUUUCAAGGUGAAGGGACCACGUGGCCGAAGCUGUUGGCGAUUCGAGCCGAGGCUCUGAACCCAGGUAGCGCUGGAGGCUCGGCAGCGGACCUAGCUGCUCUGGAGGAGAGCGAGCCUUGGCUCGGCGCGGUGGUCUACCGCCGGAGUGCGGCUCGUCAGGAGUUUGUCUUCGUGACCACUUUAGAGCGCCUCGCGCUUCCGCAUCUCUCCUCCCCCGCGUCCCGCGCCCAGGCCGCGGAGACACUGAUGGCGGAGAUGGCGGAAGCGGAGAGCGAGGGGGGCAGCGGAGAGGGGGAGGAGGCGGGUACUGCUGUUGUCGUGCGCAUGAGUUCCUCUAAACAGGGCCGCGAUAUAAGGCUGGACGGCACAGCGGAGACAGUGUUCGCCAUGCAAUGCCACAGGUGCCUGUGCGCCGUUACCGAGCCCAUCUAUAGCGAGUUCAACCUGCUGCUCUCCGCCUCGGCCCUUUACGAGCCCACCAAGCGCAGCCUCGGGGUCAUCCUAGACCCCUCCCCGGGCGACUUCAACUCGCUGCCAGCGGACCACGACUAUGGCGACGAGGGCGACAUGCUGGACCUAGACCUCGACGACAAGCUCUUCUUCCCCGCGGACCAGCGGAGUAUAGACGUCUCUAAGUACGUGCGUGACACGGUGCACCUGGAGAUCCCUCUCAAGGUCCGGUGCAGCCCCAGGUGCCAAGGCAUGUGCCUCGGGUGCGGGGCGAACCUGAACGUCAAGGAGUGCGCUUGCGGGGAGGAGGAGUGGGGGAGCGGGAGGGGCGGCAGCAAGGGGUCAGUGGGGGGGGGGCAGAGGCUGGAUGGGCUUGGGGCAGGCAAGGGGAAAGGGAAGGGGAAGGGGAAGGGAAUGGGGAUGGGGAUGGGGAUGGGGGGGAAGGCAGGGGGCAAGGGGUCGCUGAAGGAGCAGCUGGAGCAGCUGUACAGGCAAGGGGCGGAUGAUGAUGAUGGGGAUGAGAGGCAGGAGGGGCCAUGACAUGGGGCACGGCGAGCAGGUGGCAUGGGGCACACAUGGGGCGAGGCAGCAGUGUUUGGUCUAUGCCUUGAGAUUGUGCUGGCCGUGCGUCUGAAUCAGCCGUAUGUCCCUGUGUGCUUGCAUUGCUUUUGCUUGGACUGUUCUACAUGAUCA